UGUUGUCGUGUAAGUCAGAAAAGUGUCACUUUAAUAAUUUGAACAGUUUGAGCUGCUUUAAUUCCUUUGAUGUUAUUAGUUUGUUAUGUUUGAUGUGGUAGGUACUGGUUGUUGUAAUUUGUUAAUUAACAUAAUUUUAAAAUGACUACGAAAAGUUUUCACCGAGGAAAGUAUUAUGUUACAUUUAAACGUGGUUUCGAAGACUAUAAAAAAGAUAUAACGGUAACAGUCGACAAAGUGUUCGAAGCCGACAGUUUGAAAAUAUCUUUAUCUGAUGAAGAUGAUCCGAGUUUUCUGUGCAUAUUACACAUUACCCGCCUUGAUUAUGAAGACUUAAAGAAACAACAAGGUCUUCUCAUAGAUUUUGACAAUUUUCCUUCUCAACUCGUAAGACUUUUUCAACAAUGUGCAGCUAACAACAUGUUUAUGAUUAUGCAGCAAACAAAUCCAGUGCAGUACUAUUUUGAAAUAAUUGAACACAAUGAAUUUAAGCGUUUGGUGCAUUUGUCCUUGCGAACAGGCCCGGCCACUGAUGCUGAUAUAAAACAACAUAUGGCUGAAACUAUUCUUAACUUAAAGAAAUCAUUGUCAUCAUUAAAAAGCUCAGCAUCAAGCACUGAUAUGAUGUGGAGUGAUAAAUGUGCGAAUUUGGAACAUAAAAUCCAUGACUUGACUUUAGCUGUAAGCAAAAUGGAAGAGGAUAAGCUUCGAAGAGAAACAGAAUUCCAAGAAGCAUUGAAACAAGAGAAAGACAGGUUAAAUCAGGAAAGAACACAGUGGCAAAAAAGUCUAGAUGUGACUACAAAAGCACAGGUCACUAGUUUCCAGGAAAAUAUCCAUAGGAAAGAGAAACAUAUUGAAGAAUUGAAUGCUGUGUCUAAACAAAUGAAAGAUAACAUCGCCCAAUUGGAAAAUUUGUUGAGUGAGAAAUCACAACGUUUGAAUGUACUAGAAAAUGAAGUUCAAAAGGCACACAUUGAAGUGGCAACAUUAAAAGCCAAACAUUCUACAGUUGAAAGAGAAAUAAUUGAAAAAGAAAAACAAUAUAACCAAGUUAAUUCUCGGUGUACAUAUUUAGAGCAGUUAACAAAAGACAAUGCAGAAACUAUAAAAGAACUAAAUAGAUCAUUGCAGAUUAUGAAAAAAGAAAAGGCGUCUUUGGAAGAAAGACUAGCGCUCAGUGAGUCCCUAGUAAAUAAGAACAACGAAGCAGCACAUUCUACAUCUGAGCAGCUUUUGAAAGCUAAUCAAAUCAUUGCUAAACAAAAUUCCGAUCUCAUUGAACUGAAAGAGAAGUUACUAUGUCGCACAGCCAUAGCGCUAGAGCAAGAAAAGGUUAUAGAAACUAACACAAAAGAUAUAGAAGACUAUAGAUCUGAAAUUAAUAGCUUGAAAGAGAACAUAGAGAAAAUAAAUGAAGAAUUAAGAAGAAUAAAUGAGAUCAAUGAUUGUAACGAACAAGCACUUAAAGAUAGGGAUGAGACAAUCAAAAAUAAUAAUAUGGUUAUUCAGUGGUUACAUAAAAAGAUAGAGGGCAAUGGUGAACAGGCAGAAAUUCAAAUACAACAGAAGUCUGGUAUACAUAGCGCUCACGCAUCGACACCGUACUUCCUCCCUGCGAGAAAUCUUUCGAACUCGUCCCAAGCUGUCUCUGACGAAUCAAUUAACUUUUAUGCCACUUCUAAAUUAUCGACCAUGGAAGACAGUCCUGCCUGCCAAAGCCAGAAUACAAAUAAUAGGGUGGGGCUAGAUCCAAAAUAUUUAAAGCCUGCUACAGAAAAAGUGAAUGAAGAUAAUACAGGUCGCAAAGCAGACCUAGAAAAUAAGAAGAAAGGGAAAGAAAAUAAUGCUAAAAUAUUGCCCAAAGUUGAUUAUAGGGAAAAGAAGUCUGGCCGGUCAACUUACCGAGCCACACCUGUGUCGGCUUAUUUUCCAUAGUUAACAUUUUCCCGGAAGAACUCACUAACAUAGGAUUUGGUCCUGCUGUCUUUCUGAGCCAACUAGUUGAAGUUUGAAGUUCAACAAAAACAAUCUGUGUCAAAUUCAUUACUAGCGACCCGCCCGGGCUUCGCACGGGUGCAAAAUUAUAAAUGUUAUUAUACAUAAAAACCUUCCUCUUGAAUCACUCUACCUGUUACAAAAAACCGCAUCAAAAUCCGUUGCGUAAUUUUAAAGAUUUAAGCAUACAGACAAACAGACUAAAAUAGCGACUUUGUUUUAUACUAUGUAGUGAUCAUCAUAUUAUUUCUCUGUCGGCUUGUUUGUCAUAUGAAUAUAAAUAUGUAAAGCAAAAAAAGACAUUUUUGUAUGAAAUA